AUGAUACCUACAUCAGAGAACUGUGCCUUACCUCUGGCAGCUGUGGCGGCCGUGCUGACCUGCGUGUUGCUCCAGGAGGCCCAGGCAGGGGUUGUGGAGGACUUCGACAAUGUGGAGCGCUGUAAGGACUCUCUCUACAUGGGCACUCCACCUAGAGGCUACCUGAGCAACUCCUUAACGAAGAUCUGCCAGAGGUACGAGAAUAGACCGCACUUUGUCACCCUGUACGAUCACCAAAAACACAUUCCAAUCUAUUCCGCCUACACCUUCAAGAAGUCUGAUGGGGAGAAGAGGGUGGACUUCCCGUGGAUGUUUGAGCCCCAGCUGGCCUCAGGAAAGAGCAGCAGUAACAUGGAGCCCUUCCCCCAAUCUGUAAGCAUGCAUAUGAACUUCGAGGACACCCAGGCGGUCCUCGAGGACUACGCUGAUGUGGUUCAGUACGAACGUGGCCAGCUAAAUCCUGAUGAGCACCAGGCUGACCCUUUGGACAAAGCCUCCACCUACAGCUUGACGAAUGUGGUACCCCAGUUCAGGGAGUUCAACAUGGGUCCCUGGACGGAGCACCAGGACCUCGUCCGCAAACGUCUCAACAACUACUGCCGUGGCAAAGCCUAUGUGGUCACCGGGGUCACCACCUCCGGGCACACGAUCCGUCGCAACAACCAGGACCGCGUGGCUGUACCGGAGUACAUGUGGUCAGCCUACUGCUGCAUCAAUUUUGACCAAAAUGCACCAUACUCUGUGCGCUAUAAGUUCCCCGUGUUUGCAGCUUACGGGCUGAAUGAUCGUGUCAACAACCACAUGGUGGAAGUUCCUCUCAAGAACCUGGAGAAGUUUCUCAAGGGGAGGAUGGAUGUGGAUAAGAACUUCCAGAUUUUCUAUAGUGACUGUGUGCAAGAUAACUGAGAUAAAGUGGGUGUGAUAUCAGAUAUAAUUCAAGUUUAAAGUGUGUUCAAAAUGUACUUUUCCAAUGCGGAAAGGUUUUUGGUUUCUUGAAGCUCAAAAUGUACCUGGAACUAAUAUGUGUUGUCAAGUCAUAUUGUAUAAUGUAUGCAAUAA